AUGAUGGAUUUUGACGAGAGGGUUCCCGUCGGAUCUAACAUGUACUUGCCCAGUUGCACUUACUACGUGUCGGCGGGGGCCGAUUUCUCGGGUCUUCCCUCGUUUUUGUCCCAGACCCCUUCCUCACGCCCAAUGACAUACUCCUAUUCCUCUAACCUGCCGCAGGUCCAGCCCGUCAGGGAGGUGACAUUCAGGGACUAUGCGGGUAUCGAGGCGCCCGGUAAGUGGCCGCACCGGGGGAACUUGCCCCAGUGCUACCCGAGCGCGGAAGACAUGGUGCACCGGGAGUGCCUGUCCGCGCAGACCGCAGUCGUGGGUGACGUGUUCGGUAAAAACAGCCCCUACCACCACCACCAUCACCACCACCACCACCACCAUAGCAGCAGCAGCGGAGGAGGCGGCGGGGCGGGCGCUGGCUCCGUCGCCGCCGCCGCAGCCGCCGCCAGCUUCUACGGAAGCGUGGGCAGGAAUGGCGUGCUCCCGCAAGCCUUCGACCAGUUCUACGAGACGGCGUACGGGAACGCGUCGGAGAACUCGUCGUCGGUGAACACCGCCUUCUCAGGGGACAAAACCACCGCAAUCAAGCAGCAGGAGCAGGCGCCGUCCUGCCGGGACUCCGAGGCGAAUGAGCAACGAGAUGAGACCAGCAGUCCGGAGCUAUCUUCCGGCAACAAUGAGGAGAAAUCCAGCAGCGGCAGCAGCAGUAGUGGACAGAGGACUCGCAAGAAGAGAUGUCCCUAUUCCAAAUAUCAAAUCAGAGAACUUGAACGCGAAUUUUUUUUCAGCGUGUACAUAAACAAAGAGAAGCGGCUGCAUCUAUCGCGGAUGCUCAACCUCACCGACCGACAAGUCAAGAUCUGGUUCCAGAACCGGCGCAUGAAGGAGAAGAAGCUGAACAGGGACAGAUUACAGUACUACACGUCAAAUCCUCUGCUUUAGGGGGACCCAGAAAAAGGAGAAGCACAUUGCUCUGGUCCCCCCUCCCUUCCUCCCCUCCUGUGGGGGACUCCAUGGGGUUCGUUCACAGACUGACUGACUUCUCCUCAGUGUACUUCGUGUACUAUACCACGGUGGUCGGCGACGGCAGCGUUCGAGGACACGCAGAAUGUGCUGAUAUGAAGUAGCCACUGACGGGCCAUGAUUUUAAUAUGAGAGGAAAAAAAAAACGUUGAAACUGUUUUUUUUUUCUUUGUGUGAUUCAGGUCUGCGCGUUCGCGAAAGGCCGAUGUUGUUAUGCCCUGUUUGUUCUCAUUUGUAAGGGGCAAAAAUAAAAAGAAGCAGUCAUUAAUGGACUGCUUUAGUGUA